AUGUAUCCCUCAUGGCUGCCUGUUGUCAGGGCUUCCGCAAUAGCCUGGACGCCGCUGGUACGGACGCAUUUGCCGUAUGCUCCAGCCGUGUCGGAGGCAUCAGUGAUUCAAGAUAGGAAGAUCAUAAUCAACGUUAGUGGCAGACGUUUUGAAACUUGGAGAUCAACGUUGGAGAAAUUUCCAGAUACAUUGUUGGGCUCUGAUGAAAAAGAAUAUUUCCGAGAAGUCAACACAGACGAAUACUUUUUCGAUAGAGAUCCUGAGUUAUUCAGGUUUAUAAUUGCCUAUUAUCGUUCUGGAAAGCUCCAUCUUCCGAAAGAUACCUGUGUAACCGCCUAUCAUGAAGAGCUGCUGUACUUCGGUAUUAUGCCUGAAAUCAUGGGAGAUUGCUGUUAUGAGGAAUACCUGGAUAAAUAUCGUGAAAACAAAGAGCGGCAGAUGGAAGAUAAAGAUGAUCAUUCAGAUGAAGAGACUCCACCGACAAGCUUCCGGGAUCAAUUGUGGCGUGCGUUCGAAAACCCUCAGAUAUCAACCCUUGCUAUUGUUCUGUAUUACGUCACAGGAUUCUUCAUUGCCGUAUCUGUGCUCGCAAACAUAACUGAAACUGUCUCCUGUGAAAUAAGUGUUGAAACUGGAGAAAGUAUACCCUGUGGCGAAAAGUAUAACGCAGCGUUCUUCUGUCUAGAUACUGCGUGCGUGAUGCUAUUCACCAUUGAAUACUUUGCACGGUUAUACGCUGCUCCUGACAGGUGUAAAUUCGUGAGAUCUGUCAUGUCAAUAAUUGAUAUAGCUGCUGUACUUCCUUAUUAUAUAGGUUUAGUAAUGACGAAUAACAAAGAAUUUUCUGGUGCAUUCACAACACUCAGGGUUUUCCGAGUGUUGUGUCGAAUAUUCAAAUUUUCCAGACACAGCAAAGGCCUACGCAUUCUAGGAUGUACGUUGCGGUGCUGUGCUUCUGAACUUGGAUUUCUUUUGUUCACUAUAACCAUGGGAGUGAUUAUUUUCUCCACAAUAAUGUUUUACGCUGAAAAGUCCGAAACAUCUCAAUUCAACAGCAUUCCAGCGGCUUUUUGGUAUACAAUAUGUUUGUUGCGUUAA